UACGCGCGGAGCCGCUAACGCCGGGCGCCUCCCGGACGCAGCGGGGCUGGGCUACCUGGUCGCCGGCGAAGGCGACGGCGGGGGCAGUGAGGACCGCGGCGGAGCUGGCCGCGGGCAGUCCCCGGCCCCGGAGCAAGGGGCGGGCGGUGGACGCAAGUGGGCGAGUCUCUGGCUUUUCCAGGCGAGGACUUGGGCUGCAUCUGGCAGAGCGGUGGACCCACUGGUGGCGGUGCGGGCAACUGGACCUGGUGGCAUGUUCCUGCAGUAAGUUUGCUUCAGCAAACCUUCUGAUGCCUGACCUUCCUGUAAGGAUUACACUCAACAUCUUGCUUAGAAAAUGGGUCCUACAGGACGCCUUGUUACCAUCAAAAGAAGUGGGGUGGACGGCCCCCACUUUCCGCUGAGCCUCAGCACCUGCUUGUUUGGAAGGGGUGUCGAAUGUGACAUUCGGAUCCAGCUCCCUGUCGUGUCAAAACAGCAUUGCAAAAUUGAGAUCAGUGGGCAGGAGGCAAUGUUGUUUAAUUUCAGUUCCACCAAUCCGACACAAGUGAACGGAUCCGUCAUCGCGGACCCUGUACGGCUAAAGCACGGAGAUGUGAUCACUAUUGUCGAUCGUUCUUUCAGGUAUGAAAAUGAAAGUCAUCAGAAUAGAAGCGAGUCAACGGAAUUCACAGGACAAAAGCACAAACAGGAAUCUCUGCAUAGGGUCUCAAGAUCUGGCUUCUCUUCCGACUCUGAUGGGAAAGUUCAAGAUUCCAAUGCCCUUUCAAAGCUCUGUGAAGAAAAUAUCUCAGGAAGUCCUCUGGGACACGUGAGAAAUGGCAAAGCAGCUGGCACAGUCUCGGAUGGCCCCAAAGAUCACGCCGCUAGAAAAACAAUUAAUGCUGUUCCUUCCUCAGAACUUCCUAGAGAGAACUACAGAAAUGCAAUGGAUCCUACAGCCGGGGAUUUUAAGGAAGAUUCCAGCAUACCCUUAGUGAGUUGUCAUGGAGAACUGAAGUCUUUCCCCUCUACAUGGCAUCCUGAGAACAGUGAAAACCAUGAGUCUCCCUUUAGGAAGCUUUACGAGUCCAUGAAAGAAGAGUUUGAUGUGAAAUCAGAAAAAGGAAAUGUUCUACAGAGCGGUAAAAAAUCGGGGUCACGGAGUCGUCGUGCAUCAGAGAACGAAUGUUCUGGUGGGUUACAAGACGGGACACAAGUCCUGGUCUCACUGAAAUCCAGACCCAGGUCCGGUCGAUUCACCCCAAUGAAGGCCGACCCUGCUUUGGGAGAACAAGGAACUAGCCAGACUGAGGGCAGGAGAAAGGAUGAGGAAGCUCUUCAGACUCCCAAGGAGCCCAUGGGUCCCAGCAUCCCUCCUAAGGAGAUGACAAGAACCAGGACCAUGGUCCAACAUUCCCCACACAAUGCCUCACGAAAACGUCGGAGCGAAGACAUGCAUGUUCCCAGCGGAAGUGAGUCCGUGGAUCUGGAUCAAAGGGAAGGCUUCGGGACAGAUUACAAAACAUUUCCUCCUCGGAAUCUCUUAACCAGACAUCAGACGCCCACUAGAGUCGAAAAUGCUGAUAAUUUUGGAACUACACCGGAAAAAUGCUUCUCCAAAAAGAAGGGGAGUGUUCCUACCAGUGUGGACAUUCUUACCACAGAACUGGAAACGCAGAAUCACACUGUUUUAGCUCCAUUGCCCGUUCAAGUUGAAAGGAAGAUUCAAAGCAUUUCCGUGCACCAGCCUGAGAAAGUGGGCACCAUAGCCGGGCCCUCGAGCUCUGGGUUCCCUGGUUGUAGCUCAGUUGACAGCAACAACUUUGGUUACUCCAUCAAUAAGAUUGAGGGAACCCCCCUAAAAAGAAGGCGGGUCUCCUUUGGUGGUCGUCUGAAGCCGGAGUUAUUUGAUGAGAACUUACCUCCUAAUACACCUCUUAAGAGAGGAGAAAUACCGAGAAGGUCUCUCGCCAGCAACACUCCACCUGUCCUGAAGAAAAUCAUCAAGGAAUACCCCCAACCACCAAGAAAAGAAGAUUCCUCAGAAAUCCGUUUGGAAGUGACUGCACAAGACCACUGUAAAGGAUCUCCAGCUCGGAAUCUGAAGCAAACUUCUCCAGUUGCAAAUGACACCCACCGCAGGUCAUGCAAGGUGUCCUCAGUCUCCAUUGGCACCAAAUCUCAUCACACAGACAUUCCCAAGAGGGGAGGGAGGAAGAGCGGCACCUUGCCUUCAAAGAGAACUUCCAUCGAUCGAAGCCAACAUGAGAUCUUGCAGAGGAUUUAUUCCAAAAGAAGGAGUGGUGCUUCUGAAGCCAAUUUAAUCGUGGCAAAAUCGUGGGCGGAUGUCGUAAAACUCGGAGCCAAACAAACACAAGCUAAAGUGGUUAAACACGGCCCCCAAAGGCAGCUGAGCAAAAGGCAGAGGAGAAUGAAUACUCCAAAGAAGCCUGUUAGCGAUGUUCACAAUCAAUUUAGCACAGGCCAUGCCAAUUCUCCUUGUACCAUAAUAAUAGGGAAAGCUCACAUUGAGAAAGUAAACGUGCCCGCUCGGCCCUACAGAAUGCUCAACAGCUUUGUAUUCAACAAAAAAAUGGACUUUAAUGAAGAUCUUUCAGGGUUAACUGAAAUGUUCAAGACUCCGGCGAAAGUGAAGCCACAAAUAAUGAGCCCAUGUCCCAACGCUUUUUCAAAUUCAGAGGAUUUCCUCGGAAAAAAGUUUCAAGUACCUAAUUCAGGAGAAAAACCUCUGCUGUGCACUUCAGAAAAUUUUGGAGAGAAUGAAUUCCCCGUGACUCAGAAUGCUCCACAAGAGCCAUCUGAUCAAAGUCCUGCCAGCCCUGCCCUCAGACGACCGGCUAUUAGAGUAAAUGCAAACAUCGAGAAAACUCCAGGAUCGGAGGCAGAGCCUCCGAAGGCGGCGUUAAGCGCAAACAGGUUCCGAAGGUCCUCAGAGCUCAGAAAUACACAGAUGCCAGGUCCAGGGCACAGGGACGAAGAAGCAAACACAGACCCUGCUGAGAACACUUCAGGGCGACAUCUGAGGAAAACUCCACAGCGAGGACAGAAACCUGAGGGAGCGACAGAGGAACGGGAGAGCUGUUUUGAAGCAUGUGAGAAAGCUAUCAAAUCAGAAGACAGUUCUGAAAACAUGGUAGCUGUGAGGAGAUCAAGAAGAUAUUCGGAGCAAAAAUGGGAACCAAUAGCAGAUCUGAGCACCCUCAAGAGACAGCAGGACACAGAAUCCAAGGAAGACCUGGGGGGCAUCCACGGUCUCCCCCAAGCCCCCACUCAAGCCCAGGAACCAAUGGAUGUGGGAAACAAAACUGCAGAAAAGUGCCAGAAAUCUUUAAAGCCAGAACUAGUUGGCAUGCCAAACAGGAUGAACGUACAACUCAAGACCUCUCCCCAGAAAGUGGACCUAGACGAAGAGCCCUCAACUCUCAGGAAGUCCACCCGAAUGUCGGGGGGAAGCAUCCCCUCACACGGAGAACCAGGAGAAGGUGAUGAAGACAUCAUAUUGUUGAACAGAACUCCAAAGCAGACACUGGACUCUGCAGAAAAUGUAACCGGAAGCAAGAGGCAGUCAAGAACGCCCAAGAGAAAUGCCCAAUCCUUAGAAGACCUGGCUGGCCUCAGAGAGCUCUUCCAAACACCAAACCACACAAAUAAACCAAGGACUGAUGGCAAAACCACCAAAGUACCCUGCAAAUCUCCACUAGCGGAACGAGUCAACACACCAACAAGUAGAAAGAGGCAGCUUGAGACCCCUCUCCAGAAAGUGGACAUAGAGGAAGAGCCAUCAGCUCUCAGGAAGCCCGCACAGACACCAAGGAAAACCAUGCUCUCAUACAGAGAACCAGGCGGUGGUGAUGAAGACAUCAAAUUGUUCAAGGAAACUCCAAAGCAGACACUGGACUCUGCAGAAAAUGUAAAUGGAAGCAAGAGGCGGUCAAGAACACCCAAGAGAAAUGUCCAGUCCUUAGAAGACCUGGCUGGCCUCAGAGAGCUCUUCCAAACCCCAGAGCACACCCAGGACCCAGUGACUGAUGACAAAACCACCGAAGUCCCCUGCAAAUCUCCACUAGCAGAUCCAGUCAACACACCAACAAGUAAAAGGAGGCAGCUCAAGACCCCUCGCCAGAAAGUGGACCUAGAGAAAGAGCCCUCAACUCUCAGGAAGCCCACCCAAAUGGAGGGGGAAAACGUGCCUUUAUACAGAGAACCAGGAGGCAGUGAUGAAGACAUCAGAAUGUUUAACAAAACUCCAAAGCAGACACUGGACUCUGCAGAAAAUGUAACUGGAAGCAAGAGGCGGUCAAGAACACCCAAGAAAAAUGUCCUGUCCUUAGAAGACCUGGCUGGCCUCAGAGAGCUCUUCCAAACACCAAAUCACACAGAUAAACCAAGGACUGAUGGCAAAACCACCAAAGUCCCUUGCAAAUCUCCACUAGCGGAACCAGUCAACACACCAACAAGUAAAAGGAGGCAGCUCAAGACCCCUCCCCAGAAAGUGGACCUAGAGAAAGAUCUCAGGAAGCCCAUUCAAACUCCAGGGAAAAGCACACACUCACACAGAGAACCAGGAGGUGGUGAUGAAGACAUCAAAUUGUUCAAGGAAACCCCAAAGCAGAAACUGAACCCGGCAGAAAAUGUAACUGGAAGCAAGAGGAGGUCAAGAACACCCAAGAGAAAUGUCCAGUCCUUAGAAGACCUGGCUGGCCUCAGAGAGCUCUUCCUAACACCAAAUCACACAGAUAAACCAAGGACUGAUGGCAAAACCACCGAAGUCCCCUGCAAAUCUCUACUAGCAGAUCCUGUCAACACACCAACAAGUUGGGGACAUCAACUUGAGACCUCUCCCCAGAAAGUGGACAUAGAGGAAGAGCCAUCACCUCUCAGGAAGUCCACCCGAACCCCAGGGGAAAGCACACACUCACACGGAAAACCAGGAAAUGGUGAUGAAGACAUCAAAUUGUUCAAGGAAACUCCAAAGCAGACACUGGACUCUGCAGAAAAUGUAAAUGGAAGCAAGAGGCGGUCAAGAACACCCAAGAGAAAUGUCCAGUCCUUAGAAGACCUGGCUGGCCUCAGAGAGCUCUUCCAAACCCCAGAGCACACCCAGGACCCAGUGACUGAUGACAAAACCACCGAAGUCCCCUGCAAAUCUCCACUAGCAGAUCCAGUCAACACACCAACAAGUAAAAGGAGGCAGCUCAAGACCCCUCGCCAGAAAGUGGACCUAGAGAAAGAUCUCAGGAAGCCCAUUCAAACUCCCGGGGAAAGCACACACUCACACAGAGAACCAGGAGAAGGUGAUGAAGACAUCAAAUUGUUCAAGGAAACCCCGAAGCAGAAACUGAACCCUGCAGAAAAUGUAACUGGAAGCAAGAGGAGGUCAAGAACACCCAAGAGAAAUGUCCAGUCCUUAGAAGACCUGGCUGGCCUCAGAGAGCUCUUCCAAACCCCAGAGCACACCCAGGACCCAGUGACUGAUGACAAAACCACCGAAGUCCCCUGCAAAUCUCCACUAGCAGAUCCUGUCAACACACCAACAAGUAGAAAGAGGCAGCUCAAGACCCCUCUCCAGAAAGUGGACAUAGAGGAAGACCCCUUAGCUCUCGGGAAGCCCACCCGAACACCAAGGAAAACCAUGCGCUCAUACAGAGAACCAGGUGGUGGUGAUGAAGACAUCACAUUGUCUAAGGAAACUCCAGAGAAGAAGCUAGACUGUGUAGAAAAUCUAGCCGGAAGCAAGAAGCAGAAAAGAAGAGGGAAAGAAAAGGCCCAAUUCCUAGAAGACAUGGUCGGUUUUAAAGAGCUCUUCCAAACCUCAGAGCACACCAAGGAACCAACAGCUGUUGUCCAAACCGCAAUAAUGCCUGGCAGAUCUCCACUAGCAGAAACAGUCAACACACCAACCCAUAUGAAGAGAUGUCUGAAGAUACCUCUGGGGAAGGUAGACGUAGAGAAGGAACUCUCACCUCUCACAGAUCCCAUCCAAAUGCCAGGGGAAGCCACACACACACACAGAGAACCAGGAGGUGAUGAUGCAGCCAUCAGAUUGUUCAAGAAAACCCCAAAGCAGAAAUUGGAUUCUGCAGAAAAUGUAACUGGAAGCAAGAGGCGGUCAAGAACACCCAAGAAAUUGGUCCAUUCCCUAGAAGACCUGGUUGGUCUCAAAGAGCUGUUCCAAACCCCAGAGCAUACGCCGGACCCAGUGACUGAUGACAAAACCACAACAGUCCCCUGCAAAUCUCCAGCAGCAGAUCCAGUCAACAAGCCAACAAGUAGAAGGAGGCGACUCAAGACCUCUCCCCAGCAAGCAAACAUAAAGGAAGAGCCCUCAGCUCUCAGGAAGUCCACCCGAACACGGGGAGGAAACACACACUCAUACAGAGAAUCAGGAAGUGCUGAUGAAGAUAUCAAAUUGUUGAAUAAAACUGCAAAGCAGACACUGGACUCUGCAGAGAAUGUAACUGGAAGCAAGAGGCAGUCAAUACCCAAGAGAAAUGUCCAGUCCUUAGAAGACCUGGCUGGCCUCAGAGAGCUCUUCCAAACCCCAGAGCACACCCAGGACCCAGUGACUGAUGACAAAACCACCAAAGUCCCCUGCAAAUCUCCAGCAGCAGAUCCAGUCAACAAGCCAACAAGUAGAAGGAGGCGACUCAAGACCUCUCCCCAACAAGCGGACGUAAAGGAGGAGCCCUCCACUCUCAGGAAGUCCACCCGAAUGCGUGGGGGAAACGCACACUCACACAGAGAACCAGGAGGUGCUGACGAAGACAUCAAAUUGUUGAAAAAAACUGCAAAGCAGACACUGGGCCCUGCCGAGAAUGUAAUGCUCAGGAAAAAUCGGCUAAGAGCACCUAAGGGAAAGGCCCAGCCCCUGGAAGACCUGGCCCGUUUCAAAGAGUCGUCCCCAGUGCGGGACCACAGCAAGGAGCCGGGAAAGGCCGCGGGUAGCCCUAAGGACGCUCCAGAGCAAAGUCCAGGCAGGAGGAAACCUGCGAACGUUUUGCAAAGAGGCCUCAGGGCCCGUAGAGUAAGAGCCGUGGAAGACCUGGGGGGCCACAGAGAGCCCGACGAAUCUGGAAAUGAAGGCGGUGUUUCCCUGCCCUCCAAGAGGAAACGAGGAAUGGAGGAAGGUUCGACAGGAGCGAAGAGGCUGUGCUCUGUGACCCCUGCGCAGGGCACUGCAGAGGAGAAGCCACCCCCAAAGAGGAGGAGGAUGGCUCCCACAGAGGGGUGUGACCCGCCUGAACCCCUGACAGUGAAGAAGAGGCUGAGGGUCAUGGCAGAAAGGAUGGAACUCCUGGGAGACCGGCCAAGGAGCAGCAGGGAGAUUAAAACAAGGGGAAGAGAAGCAGGAAGGACGACCCCUCCACAUCAGGGAAUGUCCCUGCGCUCUAGACGUCCAAAUAAAACCGAGGUAGCAGAGGAAAGACCCAAGCCUGUUAUAACAGCAGCAGAAAAGCCGAGAACAAAGAGAAGUGACAAGAAGCCCCUGAAGACGUCCCAAGAGACAACGUUACAAAGCCCAGAAGACGAAGCCAAGAACUCGGCAUGUGGGGGCAAAACCCGUGAAAGCAGAACGCGUCUGAGGUCUGCCAGCCUGGGUCAGAUGCCCUCGCCUGACGUGGCCGAGGAGAAGCAAAGGGAGAAAAGAGUGGGUGUCCGUGGGAAGAAGCAGGAGGAGGAAGUAAGGCAACCUUCAGACCCCAUGCGUUUGAGAUCCAGAAAAAUUACAGUCCCUCCUGGAGGAAAUGCUUCAGAGAGCGAACCCCAACAGAGGGUAACUCGGAGCGCCAAGAGAUGUGCCGAAAAUAUAAAAAAGGAUAAUGACAACAUGGGCAUCAAGAAAUCAAGAACCAGGAGUCGUCGGGACAAUGAAGAUAUUUAGCUAAGAAGUUGAAAAGGGGAGAAAGAAAAAAAAAGUAAUAAGUUCAGUUUAGUGAUAUAUUCUAGUACAAUAUUUGGGUGAAUAUAAAAGGGAAUUUUGUAAAUAAUGCUAUCCGGGUGUUUAAGGAAAGAAAGCUUAGAAUUUUCUGUCUCCAAGUGGUCUAUUCACAAAGGCCACGUGGAGGUCAUGAAGAGGACUGCUGGUCUCAUUAAGUAAUAAAAAUGUGAAAUUUGGCUUGGGGACGGGUGGGGGGCGGGGGUUGGGACCAAGUAUGGCCUUUAACGUGGCCAAAUGAAGCCGUGACGUUUGUCACCCCUGCCCGUGCUUUUCAGUCCCAUGUGCGUGCACUUCCCCACGCUGCACUGUAAAUGCUUUGUGUGGGUCUGUGUCCCACGGCAGAAUGUGAAAGCAGGGACUUCUGUCCCUAGGUCCCCACACUGGGCAGGCACUCAGGAAACAUGAAUGAAUGGGCAGAUGAACAAACUCAUCGGCUAUUUCUUUACCAUGGGGGACACGUUGGGUCCACUCUCGAGGGCUGUUGGUCCCCUGCACAGGACAGCCCCGUCCCCGGGGUCCCUACCACAGAAGGGAAUACACGUGCGACCUGGAGGAGGCUGGUAUUUAAUGACUGACUGGCGGCUUGUCUUUUCCGCCUCAAGCUUCUCUGUCUGACCUGGGACUGCUCGCAUCUGAGAGGGCAUCGGGCACUGGGUCUCGGGGCCGUCGGCCGGGGUGCCACUCGUCUCUGAACGGCGACCGCUCUCCUAGCUUCUCGCGUUUUCCUUUUACCUUUCCGAGCUCUCUCGAAUCUGCUCCCACCUGUGCUUUCUCUGACCGCCCCGUCAGCUGCCUUCCUUUCCAGCAUGCCCCUUGUUCUGCAAACCACCCAAACCCUCCUCCAGAAAAGACGGCGAUUUCCGCGCCGUCCAUGCAAGCCACAGCCCCUCUGGUUUCAGACCGAGACAGCUCCCUGCUGGGCAUUUCCAUCUCCGUGUUCCACUCCGUCCUGUUCCUCUUUCUGUGUCCCCUGAAAUAGAAGACAGCGCACCUGCCAUCCGGUCACCUGUCCGAGUCCUCCCCACUCCCCUGCCUAGCCAGGUCGAGGUGGGGAUGGAAGACCAGAGAGGGCAGCCUUUGAGCCGCGAGGGAGCAGGGACAGAGCAGGUGACUGUGGUCAGCGAGAACAGAGUGUACUCCGCCCAGCCCUUUAUUAGCUCGUGUAGCGCCCAUCCUCUUGUCCUCCGCGUGUGGGUCUCCACCUUGACCGGCAGGGGACACUGGAGAGGCUCCACGGGGCAGGUGAUGGUUGAACUGGGCUAGAAGAGGGGUGGGGUCUUGGGGAGCGGAAGAACGGGGAGUAAGUUUAGGAAGUGCAGCCCCGAUGAGAAAAGGCACUUUAUUUGAAGGUGCGAGUCAUGAAUGUGUCAUUGUAGCAAAAUACAAGAAAAUGUAAAAUAAUGGGAUUUUUCUAUGAUUAAGCUGUUCUGCCAACACUUCAGAUUUCAUAGUAAUUAUGAACCUUGCAUAUAGAAAAAUUUCAAUUAGCACAUGCCUGGGGAAUGGGAUAUACUGGUUAAUUAAGAAACCCUUUAGGGUUCAGUUCUAACCAAAAACCUCACUGCAGUACAUCAGGAUAUCUCACCUUCGUAAGGGCACAGUAUUUCCAGAGCAUAGUAAGAGCGUCUUAGAGGCCUGUAGAUGCCGGGUUAGGAAGGCUCAUGAUAAAGCCUGUCCUCAGGACACGUGUUUCACUUGGCAUUUGGGGGGAAGCAUCAGACGGUAAGCAACUAGGUCAACUUUGUCUUUGAGGACACGGUGCGAGAAAGAAAUACCUACUUGCCCUGGGGUUUGGUAACUUCUCUGGGCCUCAGAUUCCAAGUGAGCAACAUCCACCUGAUAGAAAGUUCUCAGUGAACAGAAACUUUUUAUGUUUUGUGCCUCCACACGUCUGCGUGAUCUGCCCGCCAGGCUCUCUUCCUGUAUUUCUGUAGUCUGUGCCGGGUAGCCGCUGACUUCCUUAGGCCAGACCCCUCCCCAUACACACACGUGCACACUCCUAGUAACACACACACGUACUACACACGUGCACACUCCUAGUAACACACACGUACUACACACGUGCACACCCCUAGUAACACACACACAUACUACACACGUGCACACUCCUAGUAACACACACGCACGUACUACAUACGUGCACACUCCUAGUAACACACACGUACUACACACGUGCAUGCUCCUAGUAACACACACACGUACUGCACACGUGCACACUCCUAGUAACACACACACAUACACGUACUACACACGUGCACACUCUUAGUAACACACACGUACUGCACACGUGCACACUCCUAGUAACACACACACAUACACGUACUACACACGUGCACACUCUUAGUAACACACACGUACUGCACACGUGCACACUCCUAGUAACACACACACAUACACGUACUACACACGUGCACACUCUUAGUAACACACACA